AGCGCAUGUGUGAAUCCCAUUAUUUGUAAAAGAGUAAGUGGAAAAUAAAAAAAAGUCGAGUGGGAUUAACCUAAGAAAAGGUUAUCCGGGUGAAGGUUAGAGAUAAUUAACACGCGUAACAAAUCGUAUUGCUUCUUAGCAGUUCAUUUUUGUUUUCCCUGCCGGAUAUCAAUAAAUAUUUUAUUUAAAGGAAGUCAGAUAAUCUGCAACAGAUAAUUAAUGUGACUACAUAUAAAAAGAAAAUUUUCAGCGAAAAUACAUAAUUAUAACCUUUUUAAUAGAAGCAACAUAAAGAUGUUUAAUUCAGUGAUUAGUUUUGUUUUCUUCGCAAUUUUAAGCGUUAUAAUUCCAACAUCUUCAACUUCUAUACAAUACACUUACGAUACUCAACCACUAUCUCUCCUAAACGAUGAUAAUAAUAAUUACUUAGCGCCUUAUAUGGUCAGUAUAAAAUUAAAUGGCGUCCAUAUUUGCAGCGGAGUAAUAAUUACCGACUGGGAUAUUCUAACAUCAGCCCAAUGUGUUUAUUCAUUCAAAUCUUCACUACCAAAUAAAUUAUUUUCAAUUCAAGCUGGCAGUAAAAAUCGUUAUAAAGAUGGCUCAACAUACUAUGCUCAGUCAAUUGAAUUACACGAUUCAUUUAAAAUUAAUGACUGUACCCUACCGGACGGUAAUAUUGCGAGAAUUCGUCUUUCACAUGCUAUUAUUUUUAAUGACACCCGUAAUCGGACUUGCAUAGGGUUAAAAAAUAUUGAAAAAUCAGCUGUGAUUAAUGAGGAGGCCAUUGUUGUCGAGUGGAUCGACAAAAAAGUUGAGGCUCUGAAUAAUUUGAGGUUAAGUAACUGGAGCAUCAUUUCAGAUGAAGAUUGCAAUAGUUAUUAUUCAUUUAUGGGUAAUGUUACAAGUAAUGCACGACUUUGUGCGGUUAAUAAUUACAAAGAUGGCGACGUUAGUAACUGUCCUGGUGAUUUAGGAAAUCCUUUAAUGAUAAAUGGCGAACUUGUUGGUAUAAAAUCCUGGAGAAUGGGUUGUAAUUUUCCUGAAGCCCCGGUUAUUUUUCGAAAUAUUAGAUUUUAUUAUAAUUGGAUUAAAGCUAAAAGUUAUGGAGCUCUAUGCUAGUAGAACAUGAAUGCAAUAAUAAAAAUUUAUUUGAAAAUUUUGCACGAAAAAUGAAAAUUUUUGGAAUUGAAUUUUUGGAAUUAGUAGGGGCGUUAUGGACCUCACAAAAUUUUUUUGGACAGCCAUUUAAAAAUUUUUUUUUCGGAAGCUCAUUUUAUCGGUUCUUUUAUUUUUUUUUUAAAUCAACUUGAAGAAUUUUUUUAUGCAACUCGACGUGUGAACAGAAAAUCAAUUGACGCCAUCUGUUGGCGAAAUUAAGAAGCAACUAAAAAGUGGAAAAAUUAAUUCGAAAAAAGAAAAAAUAUUGACGACGUAUAUACAUUAUAAUCAUUUAUAUUUUCUAAAUUAUAUAUAUUAACAAAAAAAAAUUAUUAUUAUUAUUCUAACUAUUAAGUUUUCGGAAUUGAAGCUUUCCAUUGGAAGGCCGCCAUUACAAAUUUUUUCCUGCAUGUAAAAGCAAGGAAGGUAAAAUUGGCCUAGUAAUUUUGUAAAUACCCAGAGAUUUUAUGGACCUUGUCAAAAUUUUUUUUUUAAAUUUUAAAUUGAAGGGAAAUUGUAACCAAGUUUUUUUUUGACAGCCAUAUUAAAAUUUUCUUUUGGGGAGUUUAUCUAAUCAGUUCUGUCAUUCUUUUUUAAAUCAAUAGGACAUUUUUUUUAUACAACUCGACAUGCGAACAGAAUAUGAGUUAGCGCCACCUGGUGGUGAAGUUGAGAAGUAAUCAGAGGAAUUAGAAAUUAAUUCUAGAACGAAAAAAAAAAUUACGGCAUAUUCAUUAUAAUUUUUAUUUUCAAAAUUAUAUAUAUUAACAAAAAAAUUAUUAUUAUUAUUACUAUUAUUAUUAUUAUUAUUAAUAUUAUUAUUAUUAAGAAACACCACACUAAUAAAAAAAAAUUACAUUUGCAAAAAAAAAGUCAUUUAUUAAUAAUAAUUAAGUGAAGAAAAAAUUUAUUUAAAAGUUACAUUUUAAUUAUUUUUGAACAAAACUAAUUAAUUACUUUAAAU